AAAUGAAGAUAUCAAUAUGUCCAGUAGAACAUUCCCAUUGACACUGCCAAUGGCUUUGCCGAUGGCAUCAAAGAAAAAUAGAAAGAAGCCUAUAAGACGACAUGAAGAACACUAUGAUGAAAAAGGCAAGGACACGAAGAUCGCAAAGAUCUUUCAGCUGGCAGUAACUGCUCUCUCUUUUCUCGCAUUCGGUGGUUAUCUUCUUACACUCAUAAUUACAGCAGUUCGUCGCAACACACCCAAGGGAAACGGAAAUGUUCUCGUAUUUUCGAAUCUGCAAAGCCUGCAGAAACUAUACCGCCCCAAACGAAAUAUUUUAAUAUUCGAUCCGAUGGAGAACAACUUUGAAACAGACAAACUCUAUGAAGGAAUGAUUAUGCUUUCGAGAAGUUACGCCUUAUACAAUUGAUCGCGAAUCGUAUAAGCUCUGCAUUUUAGAAUUUAGAGAUUU